GAUGUUUACGGUUGUCGCGCUGCGGGAAGGAGUACAGUCGUGACGUCACAGUCCGGGGUUUCCUCGCGGUGUGAACAUUACGGCGUCAUGGCUGAGGCCGGUUGUUGGAAGACUCUGGCGUAGAUGCCAGCUUUCUGCAAACGCUGCUGACCGACGGACACCGGCUUUCACUGAACACGGCGAAGCGCCUUUACGUGAUUCCAGAUCGGGGAGGAAAACUAACAUUCCACAAGUUAAACCGGAUUUAGUCACUUCGGCUGCUCUCCCUGACCGGGAGAUCUAGCUAGCAAGCUAGCUAGCAGGACGAGAGCAGCGUUAGCUUCCUUCAGCUGCCAGGUCUGAAGUUAAAUAGAAGAAGAAAAGAACUGUGAAGUUGAAAAGCGGAUUUUUGACAAGUUUCUUCACUGGGCUUUCCCAGGUCAGUCACGUGGACGUAGUUCAGAUUGUCAGCUCUGUGAUUUGACUUGAUUAUGGCUGGACGCAGUGAGGACGAAAGUGUAAGCAACAGCAGUGGAGAAUCAAGUAAUUCUGAUGAUGAAUCCGGUUCUGGAUCGGGCUCGGGCUCAGCUUCUGGCUCAGGCUCCAGUUCCAGCUCUUCCAGCAGCAGCAGCCAAUCAGGGAGCAGUGACUCAGGAAGUGGCUCAGAUUCUGGCAGCCAGUCAGAUUCUGACUCGGAGAAAUCCAAUGAAAAGACUGAACCACAAAACAAAUCCAACAUUGAUGGAGCUGAGUUCUGGAAGUCCAACCCAAGCAUCCUAGCAGUGCAGAGAUCGGCUAUGCUGAGGAAACAGCAACAACUGCAGCUGAGACGAAGCUCCUCAAACAGUGGAUCUGAUGAGGAUUCUUCCAGUAGUGAUGAAUCUGACUCAUCAAGUGGAUCCAAAAGGAGAAGAAAUUCAGGCUCGUCUGAUUCUGGGUCUGGGUCUGGGUCUGGGAGUGAUUCAGGGUCAGAUUCUUCACCAGAGGACAACAGCAAUGAAACAGCUUCAGACUAUGAGCCCAGCCACAAAUUCAAGAGCAGAAAGCCUCCAACCAAGGUUGCAUCUCGGAACGGGAAGAAGAGCAUCACCCAGAGAAAGAAAGCCCAUAAGUCUUCCUCCUCUGAGGAUGAGAAUGAUAACUACAUGAAGGUGGCCUCUGCAGGGCCACGGCGGCAGGCCACGGUCAACAUCAGUUACAAGGAGGACGACGAGAUGAAGACGGACUCUGAUGAUCUGGUGGAGGUUCUGGGCGAAGACGUUCCUCAGCCUGAGGAAGAUGAGUUCGAAACAAUCGAGAGAGUCAUGGAAGGCAGGAUAGGAAGGAAAAGAGCAACUGGAAGUGUGACCACAGUGUACGCCAUAGAAGCAGAUGGGGACCCCAACGGUAACUUCAAUCCCAACAAAGAGGCUGGUGAGAUCCAGUAUCUGAUCAAGUGGAAGAACUGGGCCCACAUCCACAACACCUGGGAGACGGAGGAGACCCUGAAGCUGCAGAACGUCAGAGGCAUGAAGAAGCUGGACAACUUCAAGAAGAAGGAGCAGGAGAAGAAAAAAUGGUUAAAGGCAGCUUCACCAGAAGAUAUCGAGUAUUUCAACUGUCAAGAGGAGCUGAUGGACGACCUGCACUCUCAGUAUCAGCUUGUCGAGCGAAUCAUAGGACAUUCAAACCAGAAGUCGGCAGCUGGUUACCCAGACUACCUGUGCAAGUGGCAGGGUUUACCGUACUCAGAGUGCAGCUGGGAGGACGGAGCUCUGAUCGCCAAGAAGUUCCAGAAACGUAUUGAUGACUACAUGAGCAGGAACCAGUCCAAGACCAUUCCAUCCAGAGACUGCAAGGUGCUGAAACAGAGACCGAGGUUUGUUCCCAUGAAGAAACAGCCCGCUUACAUCGGAGGAGACGGACUGGAGCUCAGAGACUACCAGUUAGACAGUCUGAACUGGAUGGCACAUUCCUGGAGCAAAGGAAAUAGCUGUAUCCUGGCUGAUGAGAUGGGCUUAGGGAAAACCAUCCAGACAAUCUCCUUCCUCAACUACCUGUUCAACGAGCACCAGCUGUUUGGGCCGUUUCUGUUGGUGGUCCCUCUGUCCACGGUAACCUCCUGGCAGAGGGAAAUCCAGCUGUGGGCUCCUCAGAUGAAUGUUGUCGUCUACCUGGGAGACAUCAGCAGCAGGAACAUGAUCAGAACUCAUGAGUGGAUGCACGUCCACAGCAAGAGGCUGAAGUUUAACAUCCUCCUCACCACAUAUGAGAUUCUCCUCAAAGACAAGUCGUUCCUGGGCAACGUAAACUGGGCCUUCAUCGGCGUAGACGAGGCGCACCGGCUGAAAAACGACGACUCUCUCCUCUACAAGACCAUGAUCGACUUCAAGUCCAACCACAGGCUCCUGAUCACAGGAACGCCUCUGCAGAACUCGCUGAAGGAGCUCUGGUCCCUGCUGCGCUUCAUCAUGCCUGAAAAGUUCCACUCCUGGGAGCUCUUCGAGGAGGAACAUGGGAAAGGCAGGGACUCGGGAUACACCAGUCUCCACAAAGAGCUGGAACCUUUCCUGCUGCGUCGCGUCAAGAAGGAUGUGGAAAAAUCUCUCCCGGCUAAAGUGGAGCAGAUCCUCAGAGUGGAGAUGUCCGCCAUCCAGAAGCAAUAUUACAAAUGGAUCCUGACCAGGAACUACAAGGCUUUGAGUAAAGGUACCAAAGGCAGCACGUCAGGCUUCCUGAACAUCAUGAUGGAGCUGAAGAAAUGCUGUAACCACUGUUACCUCAUCAAGCCUCCGGAUGACAACGACUUUCUCAACAAGGCUGAAGCUUUACAGCUGCUGAUCCGGAGCAGUGGAAAACUUGUCCUUUUGGAUAAACUACUGGUCCGAUUGAAGGAGCGAGGCCACAGAGUUCUUAUCUUCUCUCAGAUGGUCCGGAUGCUGGAUAUUCUGGCUGAAUACCUGCGGUGCCGACAAUUCCUCUUCCAGAGAUUAGACGGCUCCAUCAAGGGGGAGAUGAGAAAGCAGGCGUUGGAUCAUUUUAAUGCGGAAGGCUCAGAGGACUUCUGCUUCUUGUUAUCCACCCGUGCGGGUGGUCUGGGUAUCAAUCUAGCAUCGGCUGACACGGUGGUCAUCUUUGACUCAGACUGGAACCCCCAGAAUGACCUGCAGGCCCAGGCCCGAGCCCACCGGAUCGGACAGAAGAGACAGGUGAAUAUCUACCGCCUGGUGACGAAAGGCUCUGUGGAGGAGGACAUCAUUGAGAGGGCCAAGAAGAAGAUGGUGCUGGACCACUUAGUCAUUCAGAGAAUGGACACCACAGGAAAAACUGUCCUCCACACCGGAGCUGCUCCCUCCAGUUCAGCACCGUUCAACAAGGAGGAGCUGUCGGCCAUCCUGAAGUUUGGUGCUGAGGAGCUGUUCAAAGAGCCGGAGGGUGAAGAGCAGGAGCCUCAGGAGAUGGACAUCGAUGAGAUCCUGAAAAGAGCCGAGACCAGGGAGAACGAUCCUGGACCCUCCACAGUGGGAGAAGAGCUUCUGUCUCAGUUCAAGGUGGCCAACUUCUCCAUGAUGGAGGAUGAGGACAUCGACAUCGACUCAGAGCGGAGUCAGCGGAGUUGGGAUGAUAUCAUUCCUGAGGAACAGAGGAGGAGAAUGGAGGAGGAGGAGAGACAGAAGGAGCUUGAAGAAAUCUACCUGUUACCGCGCAUGAGGAACUGUGCCAAACAGAUCAGCUUUAACUCUAACGAGGGCCGGCAGAGUAGGAACAGGAGAUAUUCUGGAUCUGACAGCGACUCCCCGUCAGACCGGAAAAGACCAAAAAAACGAGGACGACCUCGAACCAUUCCGCGAGAAAAUAUCAAAGGUUUCAGUGAUGCUGAGAUCCGCAGGUUUGUGAAAAGCUAUAAAAAGUUUGGAGGACCACUGGAACGGUUGGAUGCCAUCGCUCGGGAUGCUGAGCUCGUGGACAAGUCUGAACACGACCUGAAACGCUUGGCAGAGACGGUCCACAAUGGAUGUCUGAGAACACUACGGGAAAACCCCUGUGGACCAGAGAAGACCUCAGGAGGAAGAAGAGGGAAGGUGAAGGGUCCAACCUUUAGGAUCUCCGGGGUCCAGGUUAAUGCCAAACUCGUCAUCUCCCAUGAAGAAGAACUGGCUCCACUUCACAAGGCAAUUCCUGCGGAUCCCGAGGAGAGAAAGAGGUACAUGAUUCCGUGUCACUCCAAGGCAGCGCACUUCGACAUCGAGUGGGGGAAGGAGGACGACUCCAGCCUCCUCAUAGGAAUCUACGAAUACGGUUACGGCAGCUGGGAGAUGAUAAAGAUGGAUCCAGACCUAAACCUCACACACAAGCUUCUACCAGAUGACCCUGAUAAGAAGCCUCAGGCCAAGCAGCUGCAGACCCGAGCAGACUACCUCAUCAAGUUACUGAGUAAAGACCUGGCCAAGAAAGAGGCCCAGAAGCAGAGCGGGAUGACGAAUUCACGGAAGAGAAAACCAAGAAGUAAAAAGAACAAAACUCUGAAGACGAAGAUGGAUGAGGUGACGAAGAGUCCGUCCUCAGAUCCUCCGUCAGAUAAGAGGUCCGACGAUGAAGAUGAGCUUGAUGAGGAGAAGGAGGUGGUGCCGGUGAAGGCUCUGAGCAGACGGAGCCGAGCAGAUAAGGUGGUGGUGAAGGAGGAAGAGGAGGAGGAGGAGGAGGAGGAGGAAGAGGGCGACGAGGACCCAGAGCAGGAUCUGUCUUCAUCAGGGGAGGGCAAAGAGAAAGACAUGAAAAAAGAAGGAAAGAAGGAGGACAGCUGUGACCUUAAAGAGACGAAAGAGGUGAUGCAGAAGCAGGAGGAGGGCUCGGAGAAGAAUGACGUAAAGGCUGAGGUACGGGAGCGGACAAAGAGGGCCUCCGACUCGGCGCUCCACAUAACGGCCAGUUCAGAACCUGGUCUGGUCUCUGAGGAGUCUGAGGAACUGGACCAGAGGACCUUCAGUGUGUGUAAAGAGAGGAUGCGGCCGGUGAAAGCCGCCCUGAAGCAGCUGGACCGACCAGAAAAAGGCCUGUCGGAGCGCGAGCAGCUGGAGCACACCAGACAGUGUCUGAUAAAGAUCGGAGACCACAUCACCGAGUGUUUGAAGGAGUAUUCAAACCCCGAGCAGAUCAAACAGUGGAGGAAAAACCUGUGGAUAUUUGUUUCCAAGUUCACCGAGUUUGACGCCAGAAAACUACAUAAACUGUAUAAGCAUGCAAUCAAGAAGAGGCAGGAAAAUUCUCAGGCAGCCGAGCAGAACACUAGAAGUUCCAACACUCACAGCUACAAACACACAGAUGUGGAACGGCUGAAGGACAGUUGUCACCAUGACGACAGCAGCAGGGACAGCUACAGCUCAGACAGACAUCAGCCUUCAGGUAGAUCCCACGAAAGCAGCAGCAAAGAAAGACACAGCUCGGAGUCGCACAGGAAGGCCAACGAGUCCAGGAAGAGACCCUACUCCUCCUUCAGCAACGGCAAAGACCACCGAGACAGAGACCACUACAGACCAGACAGCCGGGACAGAGACAGACCGGACCGGUAUUACAACGACAGCAAACACAGGAAGUUGGAGGAUUACCGCAGCAGCAGAGACCAUCGGCUGGACAUGAAGGACUUCUCCCACUCAGACCACCACUCAUCCCACCGCUACCACUCGGACUGGCCGAUAGAGCAGCGGGCCUCGGCCAGCGGGACCCGGUCUCCCCGAGACCAGCGCUCCCCCUACGACUCCCGCUCGCCGAUGGGACACCGCUCCCCUUUCGACUACUCGUCGGACCACAAGAGUACACCAGAGCAGAUCUGGAGCAGCCGCAAGACAUAACAGCAGCUGCCCGGGUCUGCUAGCAGCAGCCAUAGACUCAACACAGGAAAUGCCUUAGAUGGACUACGGACCCCUGAGGCUGUUCGAAGCACUGUGCAUCAGUCAGUUCAGCAUGGCUGUUCAUUUCAGCAUCCAACAGCAGGCAGCAGAAAGACCCCAAAUUAUUUUUCUAUUUAAGAGUUUAAAGUUGUGUCGCUCUGCAGCAUGCAGCGCUUCUUUUUCUUACUUUUAUAAAGGUUGUUUUGUUUUUUCGACGCUUGAAAUGGACAAAUAGACCCUGAAUGCUGCCUCAUCUUCCUACCAACCAAUGACACUGGAUCCUGUCUGUUUCUGUCUUUAAUGUGAUCACCACCUUGUUUAAGAAAGGUGUGGUCACAUGAAUCUGUACGGUGAUGUAACGUGUCUGGUUGAAUCCAGUCUGGACUCAGGCUCAACCCCUGAAGUACCUCAUUUCCUAAGCUCUUCUCCCCCCACCCCCCACCAGCCGUGAAUUUAUUUAAUAACAUACAUGUAAAAACACAUUUUUUUUUUUUAUCUUUUAUGAUUUUUUGUUUUAUUUUUCAUAAAAUAAUGCUGUUGUAAAUUUUCUUUUUUUUUUUUCUUUUUGUAAGAUAGUGAAUCAGUGGACUUUUUCUCAGGCUUUUUGGAUUUAUUAUGACUCUACUUUCCCUAUCAACUCAGGCUUUUUGUCAUUCUAUGAGUGAGUUUCUUUAAUAGUUGUUCAUAAUAAUAAUAAUAAUAAUAAUAAUAAUAAUGCGCUCGGAAUGUAACUUUUGGUAAAGGGAAAGGACUUUAACAAUACUCAGUUUUCUUCAGUAGAACUUGUAGUUUAGCGUCGGUGUGCAGAAACACAUGUACAGACAAACAGGUUGGAAUCAAACUAGACUUUUUAAUUUUUACUUUUUUCUUUUGAUUAUUUUCCAUGUAGGCAAUAAUAAUGUCAACGUUUCUAUGCAGCCAAGUAUAUUUGUUGUGAACCACCAACUGAAGUCACUGUUAUGGUUCAGACGUGUAUAUAUUUCCUCUAUAUUUCCAAAUGAAUUUACACUGAAAGCGCAUGAAUUUUUAUGAACUGUUUUAUAUAGUUGUUUAUGAAACCAUUAAAAUCAGUCACUGUACUCACUCGUACAAACAGUCAA